CUGUCCAGCCUACACCACGACCAUCUUUGGUCCUUACAAUGUCUGGAUACUUCUAAGCCUUGUGUCAAUGAGGGAAAGUGCUUCUCAUAUCCCAAUGGCACCGGAUUUUGCAGAUGUCCAGAAGGUUUUCUUGGAGACUAUUGUCAGUACAGAAACCCCUGUGAAAGCAGUACCUGUCAGAAUGGAGGAACAUGUGAAACCACGUCUGUGAUAGGAAAGGCCACUUGCAAAUGCGCUCCAGGGUUCAGAGGCGAGGACUGCAGAUAUCCUGAUUCUCACAUCUGCUUUGUGUCACACCCCUGCUUAAAUGGAGGAACCUGCCAACUGCUUAGCCCAGAUGCAUAUGAGUGUGUGUGCAAGCCAGGUUACACAGGAAAGAACUGUCAGUGGAUUGAUGCUUGCAUGUCUCAGCCGUGUGCCAAUGGAAGUACUUGCAUCGCAUCUGGGGAGAGGUUUUUCUGUACAUGUCUAUCUGGUUACACUGGACAAAAAUGUGAAGUUGAUGUGAAUGAGUGUACCACACCAGGACAAUGCCAGCAUGGUGGAACCUGUCUCAAUGUGCCUGGCUCCUAUCGAUGUCAGUGCAAGCCAGGCUUUACCGGCCACCGCUGUGAAAGCACGUAUGUGCCAUGUUCACCUUCACCAUGUAUGAAUGGAGGGACAUGUCAUCAGACUGGUGAUUUCGUCUAUGAAUGCAACUGUCUGCCAGGCUUUGAAGGAGAUACCUGUGAGCACAACAUUGAUGACUGCCCAAAUCACAAGUGCCAGAAUGGUGGUGUGUGCGUGGAUGGCGUAAACACUUACAACUGCCGCUGCCCUCCACAGUGGACAGGUCAGUUCUGUACUGAGGAUGUGGAUGAAUGUCAGCUGCAGCCCAAUGCCUGUCAAAAUGGAGGUACCUGCACCAACCACAAUGGCGGCUAUGCCUGCGUCUGUGUCAACGGCUGGAGUGGGGAUGAUUGCAGUAAGAAUAUUGAUGACUGUCUUACGGCUUCCUGUGCCAAUGGAUCUACUUGCAUUGAUCGUGUGGCUUCAUUUGCAUGCAUUUGUCCAGAAGGAAAGGCAGGCCUCCUGUGUCAUCUGGAUGAUGCAUGUGUUAGCAACCCCUGCCAGAAGGAAGCUCUAUGUGAUACCAACCCUAUGAAUGGACACUAUAUCUGCACUUGUCCCCAAGGCUACAAAGGAGCUGACUGUACUGAAGAUGUAGAUGAGUGUGCUAUGGCAAACAGUAAUCCGUGUGAACAUGCUGGGAAAUGUGUGAAUACUGAAGGCUCCUUCCACUGUGAGUGUCUGAAGGGAUACACAGGACCACGCUGUGAAAUGGACAUUAAUGAGUGUCAUUCCAAUCCAUGUCAAAAUGAUGCCACUUGCCUGGAUAAAAUCGGAGGAUUCACAUGUCUGUGUAUGCCAGGGUUUAAAGGCAUGCACUGUGAACUGGAGAUCAAUGAAUGCCUUAGUAGUCCCUGUGUGAACAAUGGAGAGUGUCUGGAUAAGGUCAAUCACUUUUUGUGCAAAUGCCCACCUGGUUUUACUGGAGCCGUGUGCCAGAUUGACAUCGAUGACUGCUCCAGCACACCUUGCCUAAAUGGAGCAAAGUGCAUUGAUCAUCCCAAUGGCUACGAGUGCCAGUGUGCCACAGGUUUUACUGGCAUCUUGUGUGAGGAAAAUAUAAAUAAUUGUGAUCCUGACCCUUGCCACUAUGGUGAAUGCCAAGAUGGUAUUGAUUCAUACACAUGUGUCUGCAAUCCUGGAUACAUGGGUGCCAUUUGUAGUGAACAGAUUGAUGAAUGUUACAGCAAUCCCUGCCUUAAUCAAGGACGCUGCAUUGACUUGGUGAAUGGUUACCAAUGCAACUGUUUACCAGGCACAUCAGGAAUGAACUGUGAGAAUAAUUUUGAUGACUGUGCAAAUAAACCCUGCGUUCAUGGGACCUGUAUAGAUGGCAUUAACCACUACAGUUGCAUCUGCAACCCAGGAGUUACCGGUCCAAGAUGUAAUACUGAUAUUGAUGAAUGUAUCUCCAGUCCCUGUCACAAUGGUGGAACAUGUGUCAAUGAAAUUAAUGGAUUUCGGUGUAUAUGUCCUGAAGGCUACCAUCACCCCACCUGUCACUCACAGACAGAUGAAUGUCUUAAUAACCCUUGUGUGCAUGGCAACUGCACACAUGACGUCAACGGGUACGUGUGUCUCUGUGACCCAGGUUGGACCGGAACGGACUGUGAAGUAGAGGAAAAUGAGUGUAGGUCAAAUCCGUGCCAGAAUGGAGGAACCUGUGACAAUCUGGUGAAUGGAUAUAGAUGCACCUGCAGGAGAGGAUUCAAAGGUGUGAACUGCCGGAUAGUGCAGGCUCCUUGUUCCCCUGAUCCUUGUGAGAAUUCUGGAAUCUGCCAAGAAUCAUCUGGCUCUGAUGGCUAUAUUUGUCUCUGUGCUCCUGGCUGGGAAGGAGAGAGAUGUACGGUGGAUAUUGAUGAGUGUGUGUCAAAGCCCUGCAGGAAUCGUGCUGUCUGCCACAACAUUCAAGGCAGCUACCUGUGUGAAUGCAACCCAGGCUUCACUGGGGGAGACUGUGAAAGCAACAUUGAUGACUGCCUUUCAAAUCCCUGCCAGAAUGGAGCUUCAUGUGUGGAUGGGGUGAACUCUUUCUUAUGCAUCUGUCUGCCUGGGUUCCAAGGGGAACAGUGUCAGACAGAUACCAACGAGUGUAUGAAUGAACCAUGCAAGAAUGGAGGCACCUGCUCUGACUAUGUCAACAGCUACACGUGCAAGUGCCCAGCAGGAUUUGAGGGGACCAAUUGUGAGAACAACAUCAAUGAAUGCACUGAGAGUUCGUGUUUCAAUGGAGCCACUUGUGUGGAUGGGAUCAACUCCUUUACAUGCCAAUGCCCGAUUGGGUUCACAGGAACCUUUUGUCUUAUGGAAAUUAAUGAAUGUGAUUCACAUCCUUGCUUGAACAGAGGGACUUGUGUGGAUAGCCUGGGGACCUAUCAUUGUGUUUGUCCCAUGGGUUACACUGGAAAGAACUGUCAGAUACUUGUGGAUCUGUGUAACAAGUUUCCCUGUAAGAACAAAGGCACAUGUGUCCAGCAGAAUACUCACUUUCAUUGCAACUGUCCCCCUGGUUGGAGUGGUGCCUACUGUGAUGUGCCCAAUGUCUCCUGCCAAGCGGCUGCUUCACAGAGGGGGGUCCCUGUAGACCAGUUGUGUCAACACUCUGGCAAUUGCCUUAACGUUGGAAACAGCCACCAUUGCCAAUGCCGGACAGGCUACACUGGUAGCUAUUGUGAAGAGCAGGUGGAUGAAUGCAUCUCCAGUCCUUGUCAGAAUGGCGCCACCUGCAGGGACUAUCUUGGAGGAUAUAGCUGUGAGUGUGUGCCAGGGUACCAGGGUGUCAACUGCGAGUAUGAAGUGAAUGAGUGUCAGUUCCAGCCCUGCCAAAAUGGAGGAACCUGCAUUGAUCUCAUCAAUCACUUUAAAUGCUCCUGUCCACCAGGAACUCGGGGCCUUCUUUGUGAGGAGAACAUUGAUGACUGCAUGCCAGAUUCAGGAGGGCCUCGCUGCCUUAAUGGAGGACAGUGCAUAGACCAAAUUGGGGGCCACAGCUGUCUUUGUCCUUCAGGCUUCGGAGGCAAGCAGUGUGAGGGGGACAUUAAUGAAUGCCUCUCCAACCCUUGUAGCCCUCGUGGUAGCCGAGACUGUGUUCAGCUGGUCAAUAAUUAUACAUGCAUCUGCCGCAGUGCCUUUACUGGCCGUCACUGUGAAACUGUGAUAGAUGUGUGUCCUCAGAAGCCUUGUCAGAAUGGAGGUACUUGUGCUGUUGCCAGUAAUAUGCCUGAUGGAUUCAUCUGCCAGUGUCCUCCAGGUUAUUCUGGGUCUAAAUGUGAAUUCAGCAAUACUUGUGGGCAAAUGAGGUGCAAGAAAGGGGAACUGUGCAUCCAGACAUCCUCAGGGCCCCGUUGUUACUGUCCAGAGCUCUUGGUGGGUGAGGAGUGCCGGGCUACUGCAGGCUGUACCAGUGCACCCUGCCAGAAUGGGGGAAGUUGCCAUCCUAGGCCUCAGGCUCCUUAUUAUUACUGCCAGUGUCCCAGUUACACUGAAGGCAGCCAGUGUGAGCAUUCAGUACACCCCAGCCGAGAACCUGAAGGGUGUCUGGGUCAACACUGCAUGGAACGAGCAAAAGAUGGCUACUGUGAUGAAGACUGCAACACGCACGCUUGCCAGUGGGAUGGAGGGGACUGUUCGCUGAUGAUAGAAGAUCCCUGGGCCAACUGUUCUUCGUCGCUGCGCUGCUGGGAGCAUUUCAAUGGCUUGUGCGAUGAGGCCUGUAAUACGCCUGAGUGCUUGUUUGACAACUUUGAGUGUCAGCAGAACCCUAAGACAUGCAAGUAUGGUAAAUAUUGCGAGGAUCACUAUGCAAAUGGACUCUGUGACAAAGGAUGUAACAACGAGGAGUGUGGUUGGGAUGGUCUGGACUGUGCCGGUGACAAAGCUGAGAAACUGGCGGAAGGUACCCUUAUAAUUGUGGUGCUAAUGCCCCCUGAACAGCUGCUUUCAGAUGUCCAUAGCUUCCUAUGGACUCUAGGAACCCUUCUACACACCAACCUGAGAAUAAAACGAGAUUCCCAGGGAAAGCUGAUGGUAUACCCAUACUAUGGAGAGAAGUCAGCACGGAGCCGGCGAUCCGUGUUGGUCUUUCGCAAGGCCAGAGAGCUUGAACAAGAGGCCAUUGGCACAAAGGUGUUCCUGGAAAUUGACAAUCGACAGUGCGCUGAAGAGUCGGACCAGUGCUUCAAAAAUACAGAAGCUGCAGCAGCUCUUUUAGCAGCUCAGGCCAUUAAGGGCAUGGUGCCUUAUCCUUUUGUGUCUGUUGAAAGUGAACGUGUAUCACGAGGGAAGACCCAGAUGCUUUACCUGCUUGCUGUGGUAGCUUUGAUCGGCCUUAUAAUCCUUCUUUUGGGUGUGAUGAUGGCAAAGCGAAAACGGAAGCAUGGCUCCCUCUGGCUCCCUGAGGGCUUUAUUUUGCACAGAGACUCCAGUAACCACAAACGCAGAGAACCAGUUGGGGAAGACGCAGUUGGAUUGAAAAAUCUGUCAGUACAAGUUUCUGACGGCAAUCUGGCAGAUUGUACUGCAGGGGAACAUUGGUCAGGUGAUAGGGGACCUCAGCCAAAGAGAGCUAAGUCUGAAGAUGAAGCAUUGCUCCCAGAAGCAGAUGAGCAGGUAGAUCAAUGCCAGUGGACACAACAACACCUCAGGGCAGCUGACAUAGAUGGGACCACAUCCCUUGCUCUUACACCACCUCAGGCAGAUCAAGAAGUAGAUGUCCUGGAUGUCAAUGUUAGAGGACCAGAUGGGUGCACCCCACUCAUGUUGGCAUCUCUGCGUGUGGGCAGCUCUGACAUUAGUGACGAAGAUGAAGAUGGGGAGGAUUCCUCAGCAAAUAUAAUAACAGACCUGAUCUAUCAAGGGGCUAACUUGCAAGCUCAAACAGACCGUACUGGGGAGAUGGCACUGCACUUAGCAGCCCGCUAUUCAAGAGCAGAUGCAGCAAAACGCUUGUUGGAUGCUGGUGCUGAUGCUAACGCCCGAGACAACAUGGGGAGGACUCCUCUUCAUGCAGCUGUGGCAGCUGAUGCACAGGGUGUCUUCCAGAUCUUGAUCCGGAACAGAGUGACAGACCUGGAUGCUCGCAUGAAUGAUGGAACAACUCCGUUAAUUCUGGCAGCUCGUUUGGCUGUGGAGGGAAUGGUGGCUGAGCUGAUCAACUGCCAGGCAGAUGUCAAUGCAGUGGAUGACCACGGUAAAUCUGCUCUUCAUUGGGCUGCAGCUGUUAACAAUGUGGAGGCAACGUUAGUGUUGUUGAAAAAUGGAGCCAACCGAGACAUGCAGGACAACAAGGAGGAGACACCACUCUUCCUGGCAGCUCGGGAAGGGAGUUUUGAAGCAGCUAAAAUUCUGUUGGACCAUUUUGCCAAUCGGGACAUCACAGACCACAUGGACCGUCUCCCCCGUGAUGUGGCACAGGACCGCAUGCACCAUGACAUUGUGCAGCUUCUCAAUGAGUACAAUGUGGCCCACAGCCCAUCUGGGCACCCUGGCACCAUACUAAACUCUGCCCUCUCCCCAGUGAUUUGUGGCCCCAAUAGAUCUUUCCUCAAUUUGAAACAUGCUUCUCUAAGCAAGAAGUCGAGGAAACCAAAUGCCAAGAGUGUGAUGGCCCCAAAUCUUGCCAAAGAAGCGAAGAGAAGAAGGAAGAAAUCUCUGACUGAGAGCAAGGGUCAGUUUUCUGAGAGCUCAGUGACCCUCUCACCAGUCGACUCCCUGGAAUCUCCCCACGCUUUUGCAUCUGAACAAACGUCCUCUCCUGUGAUGCCGUCCCCAGGGAUUCUGCAUUCCUCGCCCAGCUCACUGCUUACGGCCUCAGUUGUGCAGGCCGCACACCCCAUGUCCUUCUCUGGUCUCCAUGAGAUGCAGCCGCUGGGGCAGGGAUCUAACACCGUGCUUCCAUCUGUCAGCCAGCUGCUUUCACAGCACCGAACCACAGCUUCCAGCAAUGGGCUCGGUAGACUCCAGCCAGGUAACAUUUCCACCGAAUGGAUGAACCACAUAGAUGUGAAUGAAUCCCAAUACAAUGAGAUGUUUGGCAUGAUCCCACAGGUAGUCCAUGCUCACCCCAGCGGCUCUCAGCAAGGAAGUCUGAGUCAAACAGAUGUGAAGCAUGUGGGAAUCUCCAGGGAGACACUGCCCCCUAUUAUGACUUUCCAGCUGGUUCCCAAAAGUGGCAUGAACCAGCAGGUCCUGGCACAACAGGCCCAGUCCAACUGCCCUCAGAAUGUAGCUGGUCCUCUUAGUUCAAUGUACCAGAUAACGCCAGAUCUAGCUCAGCUGCCAAGUGCCUCCUUUCCCAUGGCAGUAAUCCCUCAGCAGGAUGGGCAGGUCGCUCAGACAAUCCUCCCAGCCUAUCACCAGUUCCAGAGCUCGAUGGGAAAGUAUCCCACUCCGCCAUCACAGCACAGCUACACCUCUUCCUCUGCCACGGAGAGGACUCCUAGCCAUAACAGGCACUUGCAAGGGGAGCACCCAUAUCUGACGCCAUCUCCUGAAUCUCCCGAUCAGUGGUCAAGCUCCUCCCCGCACUCUGCCUCAGAUUGGUCUGAUGUGGCGACCAGCCCCAGCCAUGGUAGUACCCAACGUGGUCCGGUAGCACGAAUGUCAGAGCAGCAGCGGAACAACAUGCAGGUUUAUGCAUGAAGAGCUUUGAAUGGUGGCUGAACCUAAGUGGACUCCAGUACCAAUGAAGGUCUUCCAGGAGGGAAAUGAAGAACCCUUUCUUUUUUUUAGUGCUCAAGAGUCUUAAUGAGCCCAGUUCUGUUGGAAGGACCUUGAUGGCUGUAGGUUUUACAGUUCCCUAAUAAGAGAAUUGUGGAAGCUAACAAUGGGGAAGACCUGUUGGGUUGUACCUAACCAGUUCUCCAGCUAGUACAUGAUUUGCUCCCAACACUAGAUUCCCCAGGUGUUGUCCAGCCUUUGCAUUUCAGUGCAUUCCACCAUUUCCCUUGGGACACUAUCCCUCAGGAGCCUCACAGUUAAGUGUUUCCUGAAAUUCAUCUUAAACUAGUUAUGUAAUUUUAUUGUUACUCAUCUUACACCCUUUGUUACCGCUCUUAAAUUCCUCUUUUCUCCCCUGCUUCUGCUUUAGUCCUCCAGGAGGGCAAGCGUCUGACUUUUUUAACUUGGCUCCGAGAUGGCACCCACAAGUACCUCUUCCUACUCUCCCACUUGGUGGGCCCCCUCUUGCUUAGUAACCAAAACAGGCCCCCAUGCUCAUGUGAGACAAGUGUCCGGAGCUGCCUUCUCUAAACCCCUACUGCACAAGACCCCUGUUUUAAGGUGCCUGGUCCCUCAUACAUGAAUGUGUGUACAUUUUCCAGCUGCCAGCCCCAUAAAUCUCCUCAGAUAAAUCUGCAUGUCCUUGCACAUCUCUCUAAUUCUAUGACCAAAGUACUGGUCUGACAUGGUUCCCUCAGCUGUCGCCUCCAGAUAUUUGUCUUCCAAACUUUCCUUGAGAUGUCUGACCUCUUUGACACACUAGCACACUAACAUGUCCCCCCCACCCCUCAUGCAAGUGCCACAUCUAUCUGUGCUAGCCGUCUGAGGUACCAAUUUGUUAAGAGGAGUUCUGGAAAUGAAACCAUCUUCUACAGAAACUCUCAGUUUAAGGCUGAGGAACUUUUGACCUAAUACCCGAACUCCCAGCAUUACUACAGUGUCCCAGCUAAGAGUAAUGCACUUUUGAAUAUAGUUGUCUCGAACCCUUCAAAUUUAGCAUCCUGUCCUCUAUUAACGGGACCCUCAGUCCUUGGGUAGAGUACACUGCCCCCUAUAGCCACUGAAGGUGAUUUAGGCUCACCCUGAUGCUGCACAUGUGGUGUUGCCUGCUGCUGCUGAACUUCAGUUAAUGGCGCCGUAUCUAAAACUCGGCAGCUGGAUUCAGUAGCUGACAAGCAGUUUCAAAACCAUUCCUCUGACACAGCUUAGCAAGUGACAUUUGGGGCCAGAGUCUGUGAUGCACCUCAGGACAUAUCAGAAACUCCUCUGUGGGGCUGUUGCAGGACUCUAGUGGGAUUUUUAUUGCAGUUUGCCCUACAUACGAGUAGGUUACAGACCCCAAUUUUCAUUGGCUUUCACUGGAUGAGAGAACUUUUUUGCCUGUGUCUGAAUCUGUGCACUGUCCUGCUAGAACAAUGCUUUUGUGAGGGGCUCUGGACAAAUCAAGGGGAGAAGUGUAAAUGUUUUAGGAACUGCUUUAAUUCUACCUCUUUAGGAGAACCUGGCAAAUGAACAUUCCAAAGAGACUUUGAGCGCUUUAUACUGCCACCAAAAGACAAGGAUCCCGCUCCUCUCUGAGCAGCCAUGUCUUGGCAACUAACCAUAUGCAGUAUUUCUUCAAGUGAUGAUGCUUUUAAUUCUAGACGAGAGUAAAACUGCAUUUUAUUUUGAUUCUGACUCAAUGGUACAUGAAGGCAGGGCCUUUGCACGAAUCAUUCCCUGGGCCACAUUUUUGGGCUGAAGAAUUUUUCUCUUUUUCUUUCUCUUUUUUUUGAUUCUCUUAGUCCUGCAUUUUUUGCGAUGCGCACAGCAUUCCUUGCCGCACCAAAUGAGGUGUGUACUGUGAAGUAGAUGCAACUGACUCAGAUUUCCAGGCAGAAGCCCUCAAACUUCGUGGAGGUCUUGGGACUUGUAUGUUUUAUCGCAGAUAAUCAAGGGUAGCAAAAUUAUUACUGAAGAAACCAAGGGCGUUUUACCUUUCUGCCCCAAAUAUCCAAGUGCCUUUUAAUAUUUGGUGGCCAUGGCAAGGCAAGCAUGCUCUUUCCACAGAAUGAAGCCGGUUUUGCACCUGGAGGGAGAGGGGUAAUAUGAUGGCCCUUUCUGCCGCUUUCGUACAACUUUUGUAAAGGUGAUGAUACCUCCUGUUGGGUGGUAUUUGAUUGCCUAUGCCUGUAGAGUAACUAUUCACACAGCAGCAUUUUCCUGUAUUAAUAAUGGAAAAUAUGUGCUUAUUUUUACAUUUUUAUAAAAAUCUAUUAUGAAAAUAGCUGUUGCACCAUGUAUAAGCAUUUUUAUCCCCCAAAAUAAACAGUACAUGUCCAGCCUCUGGGUGCCAACAUCUUCACUUCCUACCAUAGGCAUAUGCUAGAAGGUACCUCUGACUUGCUUUGCCAAUUCCUCGUGGCGUUGUCUCUCAGCAUGAAGAACCCAUUUAGCGUCCUAGACUAAGGCUACACCAAAUGGCCCCUCCCAUAGUGAAGCCCUCAGCUCCGUCCUGAUGUGAAGAAAUCUCUAAGGUUCCCUUCAGACUUAUUUUGAGCUGUUCUGUUAGGAAGGGAAUUGCCACCAGUGCAGAACAAGCUAUGAGACUCAUCUGGGCUGAACAGGAGCUAAAGGAUCAGCAUGGGUCUGUGGGCUUGUGAAGUCCCUUUGCUCCCUAGAGAAGGUCAGCUGCCUCUGGAGAUCCCUGUCUGGGUGGAGUGCUGUUCCCUUGUUUCCCAAGUAGCCUCAGUAGGAGUUGGGAGGGAAAAGGGAUAAAUAGGCCUACCUGCCAGCUCAGCUUCUGCAGGGACAUCACCUUGAUGAUCUGUAGAAAAUGUGGUAAGGGAGACAUGAUGCAGGGGAGAUGCCUGGGGUCUUUCCCUUGCAUGGAAUUAGAAAGCACAAUCUGGGACCAUCACACUUUACACUUCACACAGGUUCUUUUAUUUGUGGGUGUUGAUGCCCUGACUGCUUAGUCUCACAUCCUUGUAUGAGAGAUGCAAGAAUCAUCAGUGCCACCAAGACAAAGGGCCAUCCUGGAAUAACUUCAGAAGGGAGCCUGGGGUGGUGACCAGGAUGGUACUGCACUCUUCUGGCAUGAGAUUCGUGACUGCUGAAACAACAGGCCAUCUUCUUUCUGUAAUGCCAUUUUGUUCACCUCUGGGGCUGCAUUUUCACUUGAUUCCUUGUGCUCUUCACAGUCAAUUCUACUUAAGAGCAAGGGAUUCUAAAGCAAGACCUUAGGGUGGCAGGCUGGUUGGUCACCCUGGUUAUGCUGGGCAUAACCAGAACUACUUGUCUUUAGUAACUGUCAGACUUGCAGGAUAGGGCCUUUGAGGAUCUGAAGAGCUCCUGUAGCACAGUGUUACCAGGUAUAUAAUUACCGUAUUUAUAGGAUAAUUUCAACCCUUCUAUGAUGUACGAUCAAUAACAGUAAAAAUGUUCAAAAUGUAUGAUAAUUUUUGAGGCAGCUAAUUGAUGCAGCAUAUGCAAAACUCAAGUCACUCUCAGGGAGUCUUAUCUGACUUCUGGGUUUGCUCUUCUUAUGACUGCUUGCCUCAAAAUGAAGAAAUGCUUCAACUUUGAUAACUCAGUUCUCACUCAUUCACUGGUGAGUUACAGUGAGCAAUAUAAAUUAAAUAAGAAGACUUGUUUUCAGACUUAUUUGCAUAUUUUUUCAGUGUACCAUAGUUUUUCAGCAAAUACAAUAAUGCCAUUUACGCUGUUGUAGCACUUGGAUAGUUGUUACUGAAACUAAAGUUUCUUGUAUCAGUGGGGCCCGCAGCAAGGAACUUUGAUCUUGGCCACUGUUGGGCAGUAACUAACCAAAUUUGUUGAGGAAUAAACUGAAUAAAACCCACCACUUUAAUCAACCAGAAAGAAAUGUAAAUAAAAAUGUGCGUUGCCUAGGAUAUUAAAUGCAGCCCAAUGUUGGGCUCCUAUGGAAGUUUCUGAGACUGGGAAGACAGCCAAGUUCUGCUCUGAGAGAGAAGCAGGUCACGUGGAAGAGUGUGCUUGUGGGAAGGACAUGGCAAGUGGCCUCCAAGUCAUGCUUUCAAAGAGCGUGGCCUCAAGUCAUUUGGGCUUAAAGGGCUUGGGGCAGGGCUCUAAGUGGUGCUGGGAAGGGUGAGAAGAGGUCUGAGUCCAAGGGUUAGGAGAGUGCUGUUAACUGUGGGGGUCACUUAACCUGUGCUUGAGACUUCAGUAAGGCUUGUACAACUCCUGAGAAUGCCUCCCUAUGUUUGGCUCCACUCUGCUUUUGAGUUGCCUUCUUUCUGGGGAACCUCCCAGUCUGGUUACCAUCCAGCAGCAAAGUUUAAAGCUCCCCACAGCAGGGUCCAUUAAUGCCAAUACCUUUUCUCUGGAGGGUUCACAGUAAGCUGAUCCUUCAAGACCAUUCAAGAAGUGUGAUUGAGAUGGUGCCUGGAAACCUCUGAGUUUUUUGCCUUUCCUCAACUUCAGUUUUGUUCUAAGCAUCAGUUUAGCACCCUAAUGGUCACUGACACUGAUCUCCGUGAAACGAGUGCAUGCUGAGUUGUGCUUUGUUGUGCCCAUCAGGGCGCAGGCUCUUCAGAACAAUUUUGCAUCUUGGUAGAUUGAGAAGGGAGGUUCUGUUCGGGUGUUCAUCUGUUUAGGGAAGGUGGGGUUGUCACCAUGACAAGGUUUAGCAAACAUUUAGCUUGCAAUAUGUAACCCUUUGUCGUAAGCUAUGGUAAAACUACUAAACAAAUCAAUCCACCGCCCAUAAGGAUGGUAUGAGUCAUCCCUAGGAUUUGAUUAAUUGCUCUAUUAAUUUUCAAUAGUCAAAAAACAAGUGGAAAAGAGCUGACAUUUUCUGAGGGGUGCCUUUUGUCUGCUGGUGGAUGCCUUGACUGUAAUACCCAAGGUUGAAAAUCACUGGGCUAAACCUUUCUGUUCCAGGCCUUAAAUCAAUGAGCUUUAAGUAAUUAGGGUGAGACCAGCAUAGGGAGAUGGAACUGAUCACCUCUUAGCUGCCUGCUCCUGGUCCUGGAUAACUGCAGGUGAUGGGUUGAGAAAUUCCCAGCUGAGUGGUUGUUCAGGCCUGCAUGGCACUGGUGAAUGAUAUAGAUAACUGUUUUCCUUCCUACUGAAGCUCGUCUCUGCAAUUUGAGUCAGCUCUACAGUUGUUGCUCUUGCACGUGCUCUUCCAUAAUUAAUCUGAGACCUAGAAACACAGCUGGUCUCAAAGGUAGGGUGCCCUGUCUGGGGAGUUGUAAAAGCAGGCCAGAGCGAAGAGGAUGCAGGGAGGGGGAUAUGAAGUGGGUCAGAUCUGCCUCCCUUCCCUUUGGCCCUGAUAUCCAUGCUGGAGACGACCAGGUUCUGCCAAUGCAGGGCAUGCUAUGCACCCUGGACCCUAGAGCAGAGGUCAGCAACACCCGGCAUGCGUACCCUUUGUUGGCACAUGACCACCAGACUGGGCUCUAGGCAGCUGCUGCCAGCCACGAGCCCAGGCUGCUCCCAGCAGGCGGCUGGAAGGCUGCAAGCCCUGCUGCAAGCAGCCCGGGCACCAUGGCUGACAGCAGCUACCCGGAGCUUGGGCCGGCUGCAGGCGGGAGACUGCAAACAGCAGCUGCCUCCUAGCCUAGCCUCAGCCCCGACUGCCCCUCAGCCCUGGCUCUGGGGAGGCAGCAGGUGCUGGCGAUGCUCCCCACCGUGCUGCCCUUCCCCGUCAGCUCUGCAGAGCAGCGUGUGCAACCCGGGGAGGCGUGCGAAAGCUGCUGGCCGCUGCAAGCUCCGCGCUGCCCUGGUCACACUUUCCCUGCGUGCACAGGGGCAGCGCGGGCAGCAGUGCAAGGUUGUGCCCCUCGCUGCUGCCCCCGCCUGCAAAGGCAGUGUGGCCAGGGCAGUGGGGAGCUCAGAGCAGCAGGCAGCUGUCGUGCCCCUCCCUGCGUGCCCUGCCGCGCCGGGCUCCACACGCUGCUCUGCAGAGCCGGCGGGAGCACGGGCCCACAGUGUGCCCCUGCCCUGCCCUGCCCCUGGCACAGAUCUGGGGAGUGCUGGUCCCCCUCUGCCCCCCGGGAGUGCGCGCUGGUGCCAGGAGCCGGCCCCACCCCGACCUGAGCCCGCAGCAGGCUGCAGCCGUGG